GAGUCCCAGAGACGGUGUGCUAACCAUCUAGAUGAACGAUGAAUUUUCACGCUAAAUAAAUAAAUAAAAAGUCUUCUCUACUUCUCCUCCUCUUCCUCCUCAUUCAUCGCGCUUCUCAAUAGCCCUAAAAUUUCGAAACCCUAGUUUUUUCUCUUCAUCUUUAUAGCUAAAAUACGUAUACAUACACGUAAUAUAUAGGGUAUUAUUGUCAAUUGAAAGAAUCAAGGUGAUUCGAGGGAGAUCUGAGGAUUUCCCUGGAUCUGCUCUGCGGAUUUUGACUGAAUAGCUUGAUGAAUAAUGGCCAUUCAGAUGGAUAACAUUUUAGAUCAUUCUUCACGGGAACGCGUUCAGCGGCUCUUCAACAAGAAUGUGGAGUUGGAUAACAAGCGUAGAAAAGCAGCACAAGCUAGAGUAUCUUCUGACCCAGACGCAUGGCAACAAAUGCGUGAAAACUAUGAAGCUAUCAUCCUGGAGGAUCAUGCUUUUUCUGAACAACAUGAAAUAGAGUAUGCCUUGUGGCAGUUGCAUUAUAGAAAAAUUGAGGAACUGCGUGCACGCUUCAAUGCUGCAAUAGCUUCAAGUGGAUCAACCUCUCGGACUGGGAAAGGUCCGCCUCGCAAUGGGCCGGAUAACAUCACAAAGAUCCGCAUGCAGUUCAAGACUUUUCUCUCAGAAGCGUCUGGCUUUUAUCAUGAUUUGAUCGUGAAAGUCAGGGCAAAGUAUGGCCUGCCACUAGGAAGUUUCUCUGAUGAUCCAGGGGAUCAGAUUCCUUCUUCUAAUGAUGCUAAUAAAUCAAUUGAGAUGAAGAAAGGCUUGAUAUCCUGCCAUCGUUGUUUGAUUUAUCUGGGUGAUCUUGCUCGGUACAGAGGCUUAUAUGGUGAGGGUGACUCUAAAGCUCGGGACCUUGCAGCAGCAUCAAGUUAUUACCUGCAAGCUUCUUCACUGUGGCCAUCAAGCGGCAAUCCUCAUCAUCAGCUUGCAAUAUUGGCCUCCUAUUCCAGUGAUGAGUUGGUGGCGAUCUAUCGGUAUUUUCGUAGUCUUGCAGUCGAGAGUCCUUUUACAACUGCAAGGGACAACCUGAUCAUUGCAUUUGAGAAGAAUCGUCAGUGUUACUCCCAGCUGCCAGGGGAUGCUAAGGCUUCGUUUAUCAAGGCAGCUCCUUCCCGAACAACUGGUAAAGGACGAGAUAAAUAUGAAACGAGGCAGUCUCUGAAAGAUGGAAAGGUUGAAGCAAGUUUAGCGAAGGAAAAAGCUUCAAGUAUAUCUGAAAUCUUCAAAACCUUUAGCACAGGAUACGUUCGGUUGAAUGGUAUUCUUUUCACGCGCACUAGCUUGGAGACUUUUGAUGAAGUGCUGUCGAUGGUUAAGAAUGAUCUGCUUGAGCUUCUCUCUUCUGGGUCUGAGGAAAAAUAUAGUUUUGGUUCAGAUGCUGCCGACUGCAGACUGGCAAUUGUCAGGCUCGUGGCCAUCUUAAUAUUCACCAUCCAUAAUGUGAUUAGGGAAAGUGAUAAUCAGUCAUAUGCUGAUAUUCUACAGAGAUCAGUUCUUCUGCAGAAGGCAUUUACUGCUGCUUUUGAGUUCAUGGGUCAUGUGGUUGAGAGAUGUAUCCAAUUAAAUGAUCCCUCAUCAAGCUUCUUAUUGCCUGGUAUUUUGGUUUUCGUAGAAUGGUUGGCGUGCCAUCAAGAUAUUGCACUUGGUAAUGAAUCAGAGGAAAAACAAGCAAGGGCUAGAUCCUUUUUCUGGAAGAACUGCAUCACUUUCUUUAAUAAGCUAAUGUCGACUGGGUUUAAGUUUGUCGAUGAAGAUGAAACAUGCUUUUUCAAUAUGAGCAGGUAUGAUGAAGAUGAGAGUGGUAAUCGUCUUGCAUUGCCGGAAGACUUUGAACUCAGAGGAUUUGUUCCUCUUCUUCCAGCACAGCUUAUCCUUGACUUCUCGAGGAAACAUUCUUUUGGUGGUGAUAGUGGAAGUAAAGAGAAGAAGGCACGUCUUCAGAGGAUGAUAGCAGCUGGAAAGGCUCUUGCUACUGUGGUCCGGAUUGGAGAAGAGGGAAUAUAUUUUGACACCAGGGGAAAGAAAUUUAUCAUUGGUGUUGAACCCCAAACUUCUGAUGAUUAUCAACUUAAUGGCUCAAAGGAUGUUACCAAAUUAAGUGGUAUUGAACUGGAAAGUCCGGAUGCUGGGCAGUUGACUGUGGGAGAUCUGCUGCCAAAGCAGCAAUUGUAUGUGGAAUGUGAAGAAGAAGACGAAGUUAUUGUUUUUAAGCCAUCAGUGAUGGAAAAACCGAAUGGCAUCUCUUCAAGUACAAUGACCUUAGCGGUUCCUGUAUCUGGUAUUGGUGUUGCCAAUGCUCCUUCUGGUGUUAGCAUGUCAUGUGUUGAUACGUGUUGUGAGAUGGGGCCAUUCCCAUCUGCACUUGAUGGAUUGAGGUUGCAGAAUGCUUGGAGUACUACAAGGCUGCCAACAAGCAUUUCUCUUACCAAUACCCAAUAUAUGCAGCCGAUCCAACCAAGUACUUCAAUGUGGUCUGUAGAGCAAGGUGCUGUUAUGAAUGGAUUGGGGGGCUUGAGCUUGACAGGAAAUGGGCUAACGACGGAAGCUGAGUUGCUAAAUCAUCCAGAAAUGGUGCCACCUGCAGCAUAUUCAGUUCCUUUACCACAGUCUGUGAAGUUUAGCACUGCAAAUAAUAUUCACUUCCAGGUUCCAGAGGCUGCUAUGUCAUCUACCUUCAAUUCACUUCCAUCCUCUGUAGCUGGUUCCGAUAGCAUGUCAAUGAAAUCUUCACCAGUUACCUUUACAGGAAUGAAGAAAAAUCCAGUGAGCCGACCUGUUAGGCAUCUGGGUCCACCUCCAGGGUUUGGUUCUGUUGCUCCCAAAGUAGAUGACUCUUCAUUUGCCUCGACUUUAAAGAACGAAAAUAACCCCAUCCCUCGUAUGGAAGAUUAUAGCUGGUUGAAUGGAUAUCAGUUACCUUCAGCACAUCAGAGCAUUGUUUACAAUAACUCGGACACUCAUUCAGCUCAGCCGUAUCACUCUGUAAGCAACAGUAGCUUAGUCGGGAUCAGCUUUCCUUUCCCUGGGAAGCAGGUGCCCUCUCUGCACAUGCAGUCAGAUAUCCAGAAAGCAAAUCAACACUCUGUUGGACUCCCUCAACAGUAUCAAGGACAGUCCCUGUGGCAAGAUCGUUUCUUUGUGUGACGUGGAUAGGGAGACUAGAUGGUUAACAACUACUGGGGAGAAGGACCACUAGCCUGUUGCUACAAAGUUCAACCAUCAUAUUUGCAGUGUGGCCAAGGUUAUUAUGUUUUUGUUGCAGCAUGGUGGAUGGUCUUGGAUUGUUGCAGGCACUUGCUGUUGAGCAGCUUGUGCCGAGCUAUUCAAACUGGUUGAGUAGAGACUGAGGUCAGUAGGUGCAGGAAUUUGGAGGCUUUGAAUUAAGAACCUUGUCUUGGUUGGAUUGAUAAUUGUGCUGCCCAGGGAUCAGACUUUGGUGGAUAUCUGUUUAGAGCAGAAGCAACAGUAAAUCUACCCAGUUUAUAAAUGAUCUCGACAAAAAGAGUUAUGCUACUUGUCAUUAUGAGCAACUCUCUACAGUACACAAUUAAGAUAGAUAUCUUGGGCAGUUCCAUAUCUGCCUUGUGUGAAGUUCUGAGAGUAUUUUGCAUAUGAUCAUGGAGAAGGAUUUGUUAUCGUUGGAGUACUUUGUGGUGGUUAGUUGGAAAUAAGUAUGGCCUAUGGCUAUCUCAACCUUUUUUUCUUCUGAUGGUACUGUCCUAGUGGUAAUUAUCGUGUUGUGUUUGUUCUGUUGGACGAAGUGAUGGAUUGUUCUUGUUACAGUUUCUGUCGUAGGAUUAUUAAUAAUGAUGUCAUCUUAAUGUUGGUUCUUUUGAGUUUUGAUGAAAUGAUGCCCGAUAAAUCUUGUUAUUACAAAUAUCAUUACCCGUUUUUGGUUCAGAA